ACAUCACUGCCAUGUUGGUUCAGCAAAACCAAAACUCUGUCUUGCCACCAAGAAACAUCCCUGUUUUCGAUGGUGAUCCUCUUCAAUAUGGGUCAUUUAUAAGAGCGUUUGAGAACAGCGUGGAGGCCAAAACGUCUAAUUUGAGUGACUGUUUGCACUUUUUAGAACAAUACACUAGGGGGCAGCCUAGAGACCUUGUGCAUAGUUGCCAGCAUUUGCCGUCAGAACUGGGCUAUCCUAGAGCUAAAAGUCUUCUUUCUGAACAUUUUGGAAACGAAUAUAAAAUUGCGCAGGCCUACAUGGACAAAAUUAACAACUGGCCAGCUAUUAAAAAUGAGGACAUUAAAUCACUGCAAGCAUUUUCUCUGUUUCUUAAGGGAUGCUCAAAUUUAACAGAAUAUGUUACUCAUUUGAAAGAAUUGGACUUGCCAUCAAAUAUGAGGAGCAUAAUCCUAAAGCUUCCCUAUAAAAUGAGAGAGAGCUGGAGAAAUGUAGCCUGUGACCUGCAGGAACACAGGGGUCAGAGGGCAUUAUUCAUUGAUUUGGUUGUUUUUAUUGAAAAACAAGUUAAAGUUGUAUCUGAUCCACUGUUUGGUAACAUUAUAGAUCUUCAACAGCUCAACUCUAAAAACACCCACAGCAGCUUUACCAAACAGAAGAAAAGGGGGAAUAGUUUUGCUACAAAUGUUCUUGCAGUAAAAAAUGAAGAUCCAUCUGAAAAUAAGAACAAGUCCUCAAAGGGUUAUCGCUGUUUGUAUUGUCUCCUAAGUAAUCAUACAAUUGACAAAUGCUUUAAGUUUAAAGACAAGUCACAUAAAGAUAAAGUGAACUUUAUUAAGGAAAAGGGAAUGUGUUUUGGCUGCUUAAAGGUGGGUCACAUAAGCAGUGAAUGCAGAGGUCGCUUGGUCUGUUCUGUUUGUCACCAGCAGCAUCUCAGUGUCCUGCACAUCGACAAGGAGAGUAUAGAGGUUUUCUCCAGACAUCUACAGAAUCCUCCAAGUACCACCUCCACAAUGACUCAGACCUGUGGUCAUGUCAGGGUCUGUGAUGAAGAUAACUCAAACCUUUCUAUUGUUGCAGUUCAAGUCAGGAGUCCAAAAACCAACAUCACUGUGCAGACGUAUGCAUUUUUGGACCCAGGAAGCACAGGAACAUUCUGCACUGAAAGUUUGGCCUGGAAGCUGCAACUGAAAGGUAAAAGAACAAGCAUCCAACUGCAAACAAUGGGACAUAAAGACAUUGUGAGUACAAACAUCAUCUCUGGACUUCAAGUGGCAGCACUUGAUAGAAAUGAUUUCAUUGACCUUCCAGAUGUCAUGACACAGAAACUAAUGCCUGUUUCAAAGCAAAAUGUUCCACAACAGGAGGACAUCGACAAGUGGCCAUACCUGCAAAGCAUCAAGCUCCAUGACAUAGAUGCUGAUGUAGAUCUGCUCAUUGGCACAGACGCACCUAAAGUAAUGGAGCCAUGGGAGCUGAUCAACAGUCAGGAGGAAGGCCCAUAUGCAGUUUGGACCCGAGUUGGAUGGGUCAUCAAUGGUCCACUCCGGAGUGAAAGGAACAAAACAGGCUAUCAUGCUUUCACUGUAAACAAGAUUUCUGUUAAACAUCUGGAAACAAUGUUGAUUGAACAAUACAAUCAUGAUUUCAAUGAAAAAACAUCCCAAGAGCAAAUUGAAAUGUCUAGAGAAGACAUCACGUUCAUGAAUAUCAUGAAUAAUUCGGCACAAUUAAAAAAUGGACACUAUUGUAUUGAUUUGCCUUUUAAAUCUGAAAGUUCCGUCUUGCCUAUUAAUCGUUGUGUUGCAGAACAACGUCUUCUGAGCCUGAAAAGAAAGUUUAACAUGAACAGCACCUUUAAGAAAGAUUACAUUGCAUUUAUGAAUGACAUGCUAUGUAAUGGAUAUGCUGAAAUUGUACCUGAUGAUCAAUUAAUGGGCAAUGAGGGCAAGGUGUGGUACAUACCCCACCACGGUGUUUAUCACCCACGAAAAGGCAAAUUAAGAGUUGUUUUUACUGUGCCGCAACAUUCAAGGGAACCUCACUGAACUGCCAGCUGCUACAAGGACCUGAUCUGACUAACUCAGUUGUGGGAGUUCUUCUGCGUUUCAGACAAGAGCCAAUAGCAGUUAUGGCAGAUAUUUAAGCUAUGUUCCACCAGGUUCAUGUUCCAGAGAAACACAGAGACUGUCUUCGCUUCCUCUGGUGGCCCAAUGGUGACACAUCGCAAGUUCCACAGGAAUAUCGGAUGACAGUACAUCUGUUUGGAGCAGUGUCCUCCCCAAGCUGUGCAAAUUAUGCAUUAAGAAGAACAGCAGAAGAUAAUGCUCAGCAGUUUCCAGCUGAAGUGGUCAGUACAAUCAAGCAUAAUUUUUAUGUGGAUGACUGCUUAAAAUCUUUGCCUACAGAAGAGGAAGCAAUAAAGUUUGUUCAAGAUUUGACAUCUCUUUGCAAUAAAGGAGGAUUUAAGCUCUCAAAGUGGCUCAGUAACAGUCCCGCCGUUCUGCAAAUGGUUUCGGGCAACACCAAAGCAAAAGAAAUGUUAGAAAUGGAUUUGGAGCUUCCAAUGGAACGUGCACUUGGAUUGCAGUGGUGCAUUCAAAGUAACUCCUUUAAAUUUAAAGCUUCCCUUCCAGAGCGGUCUCGCACAAGAAGAGGAAUACUGUCAGUGGUGAGUUCACUGUACGAUCCCUUGGGGUUUCUUGCUCCCUUCAUCAUCACUGCUAAAUUGCUUUUACAAGAGCUCUGCAGGAGAAACUUGGGCUGGGAUGAUGCAGUUCACCAUAAUUUUUCCAAACAAUGGACCGACUGGCUGGAUGACCUGAAGAAGAUCUCAAAGUUUGAAGUAAGUCGCUGCAUUACACCUAAAAAUUUUUGUCCUGUUACAGCACAACUCCACCAUUUCUCCGAUGCCAGCCAAGUGGGGUAUGGUACAGUGUCGUAUAUAAGAUUUCAAAAUGAGCAUCAUGUGCAUCUGGCAUUCCUCCUAGGAAAGGCCAGAGUCGCUCCCCUCAAGCAGACAACCAUCCCUCGACUGGAGCUCACUGCAGCCGUCCUUGCUGUACGACUGGACCAACUGCUUCAUAGAGAACUGCAUCUUCUCUGUGAAGAUGUAAUUCUGGAGGCAUCUGUUUUUUGGACAGACAGCACCACUGUCCUAAAAUACAUUUGUAGUGAAGCAAAGAGGUUUCAUACCUUUGUUGCAAACAGAGUGUCAAUCAUUAGAGAAGCUACAUUAGCUAACCAGUGGAGAUAUGUGAAUUCCAAAGACAAUCCAGCAGAUGAAGCAUCAAGAGGGAUGAGAGCAGAGGACUUCUUGGAGCACAGCAAGUGGAUUGAUGGUCCUGAGUUUCUGUACGACUCUGAAAACAAAUGGCCUAAGUUGGGUGUAAAGUAUGACUCACUUCCUGUUGCUGAUGCUGAAAUAAAAAAGGAUGUGACUGUUAA